AGAUAGGACCGUUAAGAUCUUCGAAGACCGUGUUUUUGAUAAUAUCAUGUCUCUCAGCACUCGGUGAACUUUGAAGUAAUGUAAACACCGAACUUGCUGUUCAAAUUAUUCAACAUUCAUUAGGUAUGACCUCGAAUUUCUGUUUUUGAACAACAAAUCCGACAGUUAUCGAUACUAAUCCACUGAUUGACCAUGGCUGAGGAAUUCGAAGACAAGAAAAAAGAACAUCGACAAAGGCAUUCUGGUAACAUAUUUUUUAAAACCAUAUACUGUAUAUAUUUAUAGUUUGUUCAUUUUAAUUCAAAUUGGCAUUGGCGUUUCAGUGUUAUUAUUAACACAAUGUCUGUAUUUUAUGUUUUAUUUUUAGGUAGGAAAGCUGAUAAAAAAGUUUUAAAGAAAAAAUUGGAUCAAGAUGAAGCUUCUGCAAGAAAAAGAAAUCCUAAAGCGUUUGCUAUCAAUUCAGUUGUUAGUGCUCAACGACGAUUUAGAAGGUUCUUAAAAUUAUACAUCUACCUAGUAUUUUUAGUUAUCUUAGAAUUUUAUUUUCAAAAAUUAUUAUAGAUAAUUAUAUUUUAAACUCAUCAUUUGUAUUAAAUUAGAACUCAAGAUUUGGAUACCAAAAAACAACAUAUUCCUCUGAUUGAUCGUACACCACUGGAACCUCCACCAAUUAUUGUUGCUGUGGUUGGACCACCAAAAGUUGGCAAAACAACAUUAAUUAACUGCAUUAUUAGAAAUUUUACCAGACAACCUUUGACUACAAUAAAUGGACCUGUCACUAUAGUAUCUGGUAAAAAGCGACGUAUUACACUAAUUGAAUGCAAUAAUGAUAUAAACAGUAUGAUUGAUCUGGCCAAAGUUGCUGAUCUUGUACUUCUCAUGAUUGAUGCUUCAUUUGGAUUUGAAAUGGAAAUAUUUGAAUUCCUUAAUAUUUGCCAGGUAAAUAUGAUUUUUUCUGAUUUUUUUUGUAACAUUUAUGAUUUAUUUUAUGUAGGUACACGGAAUGCCGAAGAUAAUGGGUGUAUUAUCCCAUCUUGACAUGUUGAAAAAUGCCAAAACUUUGAAACGCACAAAAAAAUUACUAAAACAUCGGUUUUGGACUGAAGUUUAUGCAGGAGCUAAACUGUUUUAUUUUUCUGGCGUUCAACGAGGAGAAUAUUUACGCAAUGAAGUUAAAAAUUUAGGGAGAUUUAUAUCAGUGAUGAAAUUUAGACCUUUGACUUGGCAGACUUCUCAUUCAUAUGUUCUUGGUAAGGUAAAAUAUAGUUUUACAUUAAAUUAGAUUAAAAACAUUUAGACAUUUAUUAAAUCAUUCAUCACUGUAUUAAUUUAUUAUUUAUUUUAAAUGUUUGGGACCUAUUACCUAAUGAGCUAUGAAUUUAGAAAAUUUAAAAUAUUUCUUCUAAUACUGCAAUAUUGUAAUUUAUUUCCCAAAAUAUUAUGGUUAACUGAUUUAAAGCCUGUUAACUGUUUAGGUCAAUAAUUACAACAAUUGUUUGUUUCUUUAGUUCUGAAUUGUCAUAAAUAAAUUUAGUAGUAGAGUAAAAAGUAUCAUUUAUUGAAAAAUGUUGUUCACAUUUAUUUUAGUAAAAAGUGUAUUUUUGUUUAAAAAUCCUUAUUUCGUUAAACUUUUAAGAUGUUUUGAUAGUAGAAGUUGAAGUUAUAAUCCUGUAAUUAUUACAAAUUGUAUUAUGACAACUUUUUGAAAGAGUUAUAACUAGGUACCUACUAAUUUGUUAUUAAUAGAGGGGAAUAUACCAAAUAUAAUAAACAUAAUAAUAAUAAUACAAUAAUAUUGUCUCCUGUAUUUUUUAUUAUUAAGAUAGUUAGAUAGAUAGAGACUUUUAUUAUGAGAAAACAAAUCUUUAAAUUUAUUAUUAAACUUAUAAUUUCUUAAGAAUCAACUGCAUUUUCAAGAAAAAUAUUUAUUAUUUAAAAUAUCAAUAAGUUUAGGUACAAAACCAUUAUUUUUAAUAUUAUCUACAAUACUUCCUACGUUGAAAACGAUUCUAAGGAGAGUUUAGUUAUAUAUGUUUUAAAAGGACGUAAUGUUAAAGAUUUUUAUAAAAAUUUGAUAUUAAAAUUCUUAGAAAAAAAAAAUAAAAUACUUCAUUAAACUCAACUUUUUCAUGUUGUCCAGUAAGUAUAACUAAUAAUGAACAGUCUGUAAAAUUGUCAAGUAUUUCUGUUUGGUCUUACAAUUUUAUCCACAGAGUACCUACUGAAUAAAAACUGCUUGGCAAAUCAAAAAAUUCUCUCAUUAAAUGUGUUACAUUUAAAUAUGGCAGCAAGACUUCUGAUAGAUUUUUAGUACACAGUAUAUAUAUAUAUAUAUAUUUAUAAAAAAAUAUAAUUAACAUCAUUGUAAUACAGUCUGCUUUCGCUUAAAAUUUAAAAUUUAAUAUUUUUCAUAUCUUUAUUUCAAAAAGUACUAAGAAAAAGUAACUUAAAAUUAAUAGAUAGCUCAUACAUGAUCUCUCAAAAAUACCCUAAAAAUAACUUAAUUAUUAAAUUCCCCAUAGUCGCUGAUAAAUAUUUUAUUUAAUAUGCUAUUCAUUGGGAACUUAUUUUUAAACAUCUUCACCAUUAACAAACAAAUUACACAGACUUCAUAAAAAAUUUCCCAAAAUAAAUAAAUUAACGUAAUAUAACAAAAUACACAAAAAUAUUGAAGACUGAAUUAUAAUUUUAUAAUCUACUAGAUACUAGAACCUUCCUCUUCAAAUGAUUAUCAUUAACCAAUCUUGGGUCUUAAUUUGCUAUUUUUUAACCUUCGUUCGUUUCAGAAAAAUAAUAAACGCUUCAAAUGGUAUUUCUGUUUACUGCUACUAUCGCACACUGAAGUCAAAAUUUAACCACCAAUACUCGUAUAAUAUAUUUUUACAUACCACAAACUUAUAAAAGAAAUUAAAUUAUGUGAAGAACUUUGAAAGAAAUUAUAUAGAAAUUGUAUAAUAAAUGAGGAAAGUAAAAUUGGAAAAAUGCUAAAAAUUGCAAAAAGUUACAUUAAACAUUUUUAGAUUUUAAUUUGUCUUCACAUGAAACAAAUUUGAUAUCUACUUGGCAACAAAUCUGAACAAGGGAAAAAAGUUGCAAAUUUAACAUCUGAGCCCUAUUAAUUAUAAAUAUUUAUGACUACUUGUUCUCCCCUUGCUAGUUUUAGAAAAAAUCAUUGAUGUGUAUCCUUAUAUUAUAAUUACGUUAACUUUGUCUUUACCACAAUUUUCAAUAUUUUCUAUGCUGUUUAAUUAAUUUUAGUGGACCGUAUGGAAGACCUUACUCCACCAGAAUCAAUUCGUCAAAAUUCUAAAUGUGAUCGCCGAGUUAGUUUGUAUGGAUUUGUUCGGGGUAUUCCGAUGAACAAACAAAGCAGUGUUCAUAUACCAGGUAAUUAUUACAAAAAAAAAAGUAAAUUUUAGUGCAGUUAUUAUGUGAAAAUAUAUUUGACUCUGGUAAAAGUCUCUGUUCUUUAAUCUAUUACUAAACUAUUAAAUAUAUACAAAUUAUUUAACAUUUUAACUAAUCAAUUUACCAUGUAACCACUAAACAAAUUAAUAUAUUCUAGGUUGUGGAGAUUCACCUAUUUUUGAUAUGUGUUAUCUUCCCGAUCCUUGCCCUUUACCAGAAAAAGUAAAAAAACGUAGUUUAGUUGACAAAGAGCGUCUUGUUUAUGCACCAUUUUCUGGGGUUGGUGGAAUUGUAUACGAUAAAGAUGCAGUAUACGUUGAACUUGGAGGAAGCCAUUCCCAUAGUAAAGUAAGUUGUCUCUUCUUGUUUAUUUUAAUGUGGAUAAUUUUAAAUCUGAAAUAUGGUUAGAUUAUGAACAGUUCCCAAGACGAUACUCCCGGACGUGAUUUAGUUAAUAACAUCGUAGAGACGCAAGAUACUUUGGAUCAAAAAAUAAACCGUAGUGAAGUUCAAAUAUUUUCUAAUACUAAACCAAUUGUAUCAACUGAUUUUGAACAAAAGUAUGUUUAAUUUUUUUUUUUUGAGUAAAUUAUAUAAUAUUUAAAAAAUUUAUUUUUCUAGUGAUGAUAUGAAUGAUGAAAUGUCUGUAAAUAAUGUAACAGAUCCAAAUGAUGGACGAAAUCGACGGAAAGUAAUAUUUCGCUCUGAUGAUAUGCAUUUUUCUGAUCUAGAUGAAUCUGAUACUCAAGAUGAUGAUGAUAGUGAUGUUAAUGAUGUCAAUGAUGUUAUUAAAGACAUUGCUUCAGAAAAUGAAGAGAUUGAUGAUUCUAGUUCUGAAUGGUCAGAUUCUGAAGAAGAAACUGAAAAUAAAAAUAAUGAAACUGACAAAUCUCGUUUUUAUGGGCGGUCGUUUGGUAAAGAGAAUGAAAUAAGGAAAAAAAUUGCUAACGAAUUAGCAAAAUUAGAUAAAAUCAAUCAGGAAUCAAGCACUUCCAACUGGAAUGAACAAGAACAAGACAAUUAUUCAGAUACUAGUAUGGAUUAUGAUCAAGAUUCUAGUAACGAAGAUGAAAGUGAUAAUGAGGAGUUUCAUGCCAAUACAAGUGAUGAAGAAGACAAUUUUAGUAAAGUAAAUAAUGUUAAUGAAAAGGUCAAAAAAUUAAGUUUGGUAGAUAAUGUCUUAAAAAAUGACUUACAAGAGACAAAUAAAGAUACUACAUUAAAUUGGAAAACGAAUUUAGCACAAAAAGCAACUAAUGCAUAUUACGAUAGACAGAAUUCAGUAGCUAACCUUUGGAAAUUAGUAUAUGGUGAAUACAAAUUUAUUAACUAAAUAUAUUAAUUAUCAUUAUCUUCUUAGAAAUAAUCCAAUGUGUAAAUUAUUAUUAAUAGGCGGAGUAGUUCCUAAAAAUACAGAAGACCAGUCUGAUGAAGACGAAGAUGAAUUAGGUGGUCUCUUCCGAAUGUCAUCAUUGAAGAAUCUAAAAAAACAAAGUGAAAAGGAAGAUAUGAAUAAAGAAGAUGUAUCAAAAUUUAAUGUUGAACAUCGUCAUGAUUGGAGUUUACAAGAGGUAAGAAUUAUAUAUAUUUAAAUUUAUUCUCAAUUAGAAGUCUGAAUGAUUUUGUGGAAAUUUAAAAUCACCUUAAUAUUAAUUGAACUUUCAGAAUUUUUUAUAUAUAUAUAUAUAUAUAUAUAUAUAUAAAUUAAGGAUAAUAUUGUUUGUUUAGGGUUAAAUAUAAGGCUUUUCAAAAAUAUCACCAAAUUUCUCUUAAUACAUAAAAUUAAUAUUCUUAAACAAUUGUAUUUAAUUUACUUGUUUAGGUCUGUGAUAGUAUAAAAGACAUGUUUGUAACUGGAAAAUGGAAUCGUAAUGAAGAUGCUACAACACUGCUCGAAGAUGAUGAUGAAGAACUCUAUGGGGAUUUUGAAGAUUUAGAAACUGGAGAAAAAGUUGAAGGAAAACAAUUGGAUUCUGAUAUUGAUGAUGGUGAUAGUGUCAUUGAAAAACCUAAUAAGCCAUUAACCAUAGAUGAAUUAAUUGAAAAGAAAAAAAAAUUAAAAGAACAGUUUGAUGAAGAGUAUGAUGAUAAAGAUGGGACUCAGAGUACAUAUUAUGAUAAUUUAAAAGAAGAAGCUUCUAAACAAGCACAACUCAAUAAAAGUCAGUUUGAAGGAAUGGAUGAUGAAUUGCGUGUACAAUUAGAAGGAUUCAGAGCUGGAAUGUAUGUUCGUGUAGAAUUAGAUGCAAUGCCUUGUGAAUUAGUAAACAAUUUUGAUCCAUCUUACCCACUAAUUGUAGGAGGACUUCAAAGUGGAGAAGAAAAUAUUGGAUUUUUGAAAGUAAUUAUUAAAUUUUAAAAAAAUUGUUUAAAGCAUUGGUUCUUAAAUUAAUUUGAUAAAAAGGUACGGAUUAAGAAACACAGAUGGUACAAUAAAAUACUUAAAACCCGAGACCCUCUGAUCAUAUCAAUGGGCUGGAGAAGGUUUCAAACAUUACCGAUAUUUUCAAAACAAGAAGAUAACAUGCGAUACAGGUAUUUGAUAAAUUUAGACAAUUUAUAAGAUUUAUAAUUUUAUUCAUUUUUAUUCCAAUUUUAUUGUUUAUGUAUGUUCUCACUUAUUUCACAUAUUAUUUUCAAACAUUUUAGAAUGCUCAAGUACACUCCUGAACAUGUAAUGUGCAUGGCACAUUUUUGGGGUCCAAUGACUAAAUCGGGUACAGGGUUUUUAGCUGUACAAGAUGUAUCUACUCAACAAGUGAGUAAAACUUAUAAUUUUACUUAUUAUAAAUUAACUUAUAAAGUUUUCAAAUUUUUUUGUCAUACUAUUGUGUAUUAUGAAUUAAAUGUGUAUUAAGCUAUUAAAUUAUAUUAAUUAUUGUAUUCUUGUGAAUUGUAUAUAUUCGUUUAGUUUUUUUUUUCUGGGUUUCCAUCCACUAAUUUAUAAAACAUUUUUGUGUUUAUCAUCAUUUGAAGACUUCUGAUUUAAAUUAAAUACUGGAUUUUUAAUUUUGUUUUUAUAAGGCUGGGUUCAGAAUAACAGCUACUGGGACAGUUGUCGAUACGGACCAAUCAACUCAGGUUACUAAAAAAUUGAAAUUAACUGGAAGUCCAUUGAAAAUUUACAAACGAACAGCAUUUAUUAAAGAUAUGUUCAAUUCCACUCUGGAAGUGACCAAAUUUGAAGGAGCUCGUAUUAAGACUGUAUCUGGUGUUCGAGGUCAGAUUAAGAAAGCUUGUCCUAAACCUGAAGGUUCAUUCAGAGCAACUUUUGAAGAUAAAAUUAAAAUUAGUGGUAUGCAUUGAUUUGCUUAUACUAAAUAAUAUAAUAAUUGAUACAUUUUUAUUUUUGUUUUCAGAUAUUGUGUUUUGUCGUACAUGGUAUAAUGUUGAAGUUCCAAAACUUUAUAACCCAGUUACAUCAUUACUUUUGCCAUUAAAUGAAAAAAAUUCAUGGCGUGGUAUGAAAACUACUGGACAAUUAAAAAGAGAACAAGGCAUUAAGGGACUUCCACAAAAUGAUUCUACGUAUACUGUAAGUUAUAUUACAAUUUUUUUUAUAGUUAUGAUUUUAUUAUAUUAUUUAUUUUCUCACUCAUGUACUUGUUUCUACAUUUAUACAGCCAAUACAUAGAACUAUGAAAUAUUUCAAGCCUCUCAAACUAUCCAAGAGUUUACAAGCUCAGUUACCGUAUGUUGAUAAACCUAAAACUUUGGCUACUGCUAAAUUAGAUUUGAAAAAACAACGGGUAGCUGUGGUUAGAGAUGGUCACGAAGAACAAGUUUCAGCAUUGAUGAAGAUGAUUCGUACCACCUAUAAGGAGAAGAAACGAAAAGAUAAAAAAGACAUGAGAGGAAGAGUUAGGAAACACAAAAAAGAUAUUCAAACUGAAGUCAGAGCCAAGUAUAAAAGAGACCAACAAAAGAAAAAGGCUGUUAUGAGAAAACGAAGUAAAAUGUCAUCUAGUAAAUAA